AUGGAUUUUGUCAAAGACUUGGAUAACCGACUUUUAUUUGCGAUUCCCAAAAAGGGACGUCUUUACGAACAAUGUCUACAACUCUUACACGGCUCUGAUAUUCACUUCAAUCGUCGUUUACGUCAAGAUAUUGCUCUCUGCACCAAUUUGCCCAUUGCCCUUAUUUUCUUACCUGCUGCCGAUAUCCCCAAAUACGUCGCUGAAGGUAAUGUCGAUUUGGGUAUCUCUGGACAAGACAUGAUUGUCGAAAAUGAAGUAUCGGAUAAAGUAACAGAGGUGAUGGAACUUGGGUUCGGCAAAUGCCGUUUAUGUAUUCAGGUACCUGUCAAGGGUGAAUUCCAAACCAUUGAACAGUUGGCUGGUAAACGUAUCGUUACCAGCUUUGAUGCAUUUGCUAGAAAAGUAUUUGAGCCCAUCGAUAAAGCUGCUGGAACAAAGACGACCAUCAACUAUGUUUCUGGAUCUGUCGAAGCUGCUUGUGCUUUAGGUCUUGCUGACGGCAUUAUUGAUUUGGUUGAAUCCGGAGAAACAAUGCGUGCAGCUGGUCUUCACGAUAUUCAUACCUUACUAGAAACUCAAGCUGUCUUGAUGUCCAACAAGAAUUCUCACCAUCAAGAUCUCGUCGAUAAAAUCGCUUCUCGUAUUCGCGGUGUCAUUACCGCCGAAAAGUAUGUCCUUUGUACAUAUAACAUCGAACGCGUCAACCUUUCUCGCGCGGUUCAAAUUACGCCUGGUCGUCAAGCACCUACUGUCGCUGCACUAGACUCUCAUGAAGGUUGGGUCUCCGUCACGGCCAUGGUUGAAAAGAAGAGAAAAGGUGAAAUUAUGGAUCUUUUGGCUGAUGUGGGUGCUACGGAUAUCUUGGUCAUGGCCUUCACCAACUGCAGAGUUUAA